CCGGCAGGAAAGCGGGGGCGGGGUGUCGUCCGCGGCGGUCUCCAGGCUCACCUUGCUGGGGCUGCUGCUGCUGCCGGGAGGGAGGGAGAGAUUCGUCUCCAGCUGCCACCAUGACUGGCUGUUCUUCUUCCUGCUGCUGCUGCCGCUCGCGCCCGGCGCUGCUCUGCCUCCUCCUGCUGCUGCUGCUCUGGGGCUGCAGCGCGGCCGCCGCGCAUUCUCCGCCGCCCGCCGCCUCCGCGGAGCAGCGCUGCUUCUGCCAGGUCACUGGUUAUUUAGACGAUUGCACUUGUGAUGUUGAGACUAUUGACGCCUACAACUACAAAGUUUUCCCCCGACUCCAGCAGCUCCUUGGAAGUGACUAUUUCAGAUACUACAAGGUGAACCUGAAGAAGCCUUGCCCUUUCUGGAAUGACAACAGCCACUGUGGCAUUCGAGACUGUGCCGUCAAGCCGUGCCAUUCGGAUGAGGUCCCUUGCGGAAUUAGAACGGAGAGCUGCAAGUAUUCGAGAGCAGCCAACACCUUUGCUGCGGACUGUGAAGAAGCAGAGAGACUUGGGGCCGUUGAUGAAUCUUUGAGUGAGGAGACUGUCCAGGCCCUGCUUCGGUGGACUCGGCAUGAUGAUUCUUCGGACAGCUUUUGCGAAGUUGAUGAUAUCCACUCGCCCGAGGCGGAGUACGUCGACUUGCUUCUCAAUCCAGAGCGCUACACGGGUUACAAAGGGCCUGAAGCCUGGAAGAUCUGGAACAGCAUUUACGAAGAGAACUGUUUCAAGCCUCAUUCUGUAAAAAGGCCUUUAAACCCACUGGCUUCUGGCAGAGCGGGAGAGAAUGAAGGGGCCAUGUUUUACAGGUGGCUGCAAGGCCUCUGUGUGGAGAAGAGGGCGUUCUACAAGCUCAUUUCCGGCCUCCACGCCAGCAUCAACAUCCAUCUCAGCGCCAGGUACCUUCUGCAAGACACGUGGUCUGAAAAGAAAUGGGGACACAAUGUUACAGAGUUUCAGCAGCGUUUUGAUGAAGUCCUGACUCAAGGCGAAGGUCCGAGGAGGCUCAAGAACCUCUAUUUCAUCUACCUCAUCGAGUUGCGGGCCCUGUCCAAAGUCUUGCCUUUCUUUGAGCGUCCCGAUUUCCAGUUGUUCACAGGGGACAGAAUUCGAGAUGAAGAAAUCAAGAGCCUCCUAUUAGAGAUUCUCCACUUAAUCAAGUCUUUUCCUUUGCACUUUGAUGAAAAUUCUUUUUUUUCUGGAAACCAAAAAGAAGCUACCAAAUUAAAGGAAGAAUUUAGGCUCCACUUUAGGAACAUUUCAAGGAUUAUGGACUGUGUGGGGUGUUUUAAAUGUCGCCUUUGGGGGAAGCUGCAGACUCAAGGCUUGGGAACUGCCCUCAAGAUCCUGUUUUCUGAAAGCCUAAUAGAAAACAUCCCGGAAAGAGGCCCUUCGUACAAUUUCGAUCUAACAAGACAGGAAAUUGUGUCGCUUUUCAAUGCAUUUGGAAGGAUUUCAACCAGUAUAAAAGAGCUGGAGAACUUCAAGGACCUCUUACGGACCCUCCAGUAACACUUUGUUUCUGAUCCAGAGUGCUGGCACCCUUGUUCUGUACAGACACUGCUCAGAGGAGUUUCUGCUGACCCAAUUAAAGGAAAAAAAAUCUGCCCCAUUCUUGAAGGGAGGGGUAAGGUCAGCAUGGGAUUAUGUCGUGGGACCAUCACCGCCUCAUCAGACUACCCUGCUUGGCCUGAGGGUUCAUAGCGGGCUCCAUGGUAGUUGAAACUUGGACAUCAGACUGAUCUUCCAGGGCAAGCCUGGGCCACUUUCAGUCUGUUCUGAUUUUUAUUUUUAUUUUUUCAAUGGGAUCCCUUUGGCCCACUUGAUGUAUGUUUAGAUGUGUAGUCAGGCUUUCUUGACCAUUCAGGCAAACCUGAUCUGUGUGUGAUGUGAGCCAGAAUCUAGACACCCUGGGAUUUCUCCACCUUGAGUCCUUAAGUGUUGCUGGAUCACAGUUCCCAUCCUCCCCAGCCACAAGGGCUUACAUGGUGGGGGAGGAUGGGAGUUGUAGUCCAAGACCAUCAGGGGAUCCAAGGUGGAGAACCCCUAGUUUAACCUAACAAGUGCCUUGCUGGAUCUGCCCAGGGUCCACCUGAAUCCAGCGUUUUCUACAAGAUGCCCAGCAACUUGCAGGUGUUUGUCUGCCCACUGGAGAACCAGGGUCUGCCUUCUGCCCACUUCUGUUCUAAGGGGUGCAAUGAAGGUGCCCUUUCUUUGUUGUCCUGUGGAAGGCAAAGCACAUUGUCCCCUCCUUUUAAACCGAGGAAACUCAAGAAACGCUGAACCUCCAAAAAGGAGGCCCUGGGUGCUGAACCAGGCUCCUGGUCACGGAGUGUGAUGCUGAUUUGGGUUAGGGUUGCUGAUUAGUUUCCUGCUGCCUUGUGGAAGGUACCUCUGCUUUCUCAGAGCUGUUAAGUAAUUGGAAAAGGACCUUGGGUACCCUAUGGGUAAAAAAACCCUCCAAUCUAUAAAAGAUAAAGUUGCUGCCGCUCCCUUCCCAGCAUCUCUUAGCUGCUGCUCACAUUUGGACUUAACCAUGGUUACAGCCUCUGUCUGCAGUGACCUUAACCAUGGUUAACCCUAAGCAGUGUUCUGUCUAAUCUCUUCGUCUGUGCCUGGAAUGCGUCUUUUGUUCUGGGUGGCAGCAUCAAGGCAGUGUGUGCACAUGUGCAUUCAGAGUGGAGCCUUUCUGAUUCAACCUGAGUGGGACCUAAAAUCAACUGAGUGGACAUCAAAACACUUGGGCACACGUGUGCAUUAGCGUUAGGGAGCACUGACUCUAAGCAGGCUUUCCCCAAACCAUGUUUGCCGGUUUCAAAUUCUAGUUAAGAGGGAGCCAUGGGGGGCGGCAGUUGUGGCAGAGAGAGGAGGGGCUGAGAAGUGGGAGUGUGUGUGGCUACAAAUCUUUCAACCAUGGCUAAGAGAGUCUGCUUGCACCAGCAGUUGCCUCUGCCUUCAUAUCUGGUUUGCUCCCGUAUGUCAUUUCUUCCAGUAGCCACCUUCCUUUCUUUCCCUUCUGUGUUGCUGUUGAUGGCUCCAGCCCCUCUCCGCAUUCUGUCCCCCCUUCCCUUUCCCCACACUUCACUUUUUGAAAUCUGUACUAGGCAGCAAUCUGAGCCAUUUCAGCCGAAUCGCCUGCCAUGUGACAAACUCUUGGGGAAGCACAAGGGGGCUUAUAGGGUGGGGGGCUAUUAACUUAUUUUUUUAUGCUGUGCGGGGUGGUGGUGAGAGAAGAGAAUGUUUUAAAUCAGAUUCCUUUAAUUUAACCAAAAAUGGAAAAGGCUGCUGUUCAUACAAAACUUUUAAUUUAAAGAUACUGGAUUCAUUGUA